AUGCUCAACAGGAUUUUCUCUGUUUGCCUGCUUCUCAGUCUGUACAGUGCAGCCUCCUCCCUCAGCUGCAGAUGGAUGGAUCACAAAUUCAGUCAGCACAGUGAAAAGUCUUUGGAGCUACUAGACAGGAUGGGGAACAAUUCAACUAACACCACUGGGGAUGCUGAAGUGAAGAGCACUGCAGCCUUCCCUUAUGAUCUGUACAGCCAGGCGUCCAAAGCAUCAGCUGAGGAGAAACUUGGCUUCACAGUUCAGAUUCUGGAGGAGGCGGCUGCUCUGUUUGAGGAGGAUCACAGCUCUGCAUCAUGGGAGGAGAGGACACUGGAGAACUUUCUCAAUGUUGUAACCAAGCAGGCUGACAAUCUUCGCUCCUGUAUUGGGAGCCACGGCCACAAGAAGAAGAACAAGAAGCUGCACAUGUAUUUCAAGAGACUCUCACGCCACUUCCUAGAGCAAAUGGGCCACAGUGCUGAAGCCUGGGAGCUGGUCAGGUUGGAAAUCAGGGACUAUCUGACGAGAGCCGACCUGCUGGUUUCAUCUCUACUCAACACCAACUAAAAUCUGUCAGAUUAAUGUGUUCAUUUAUUUUCUUACACAAAGCUUAUUUAUUUAUUAAUUCAUUUAUUUAUUUAUGAAGCAGAUUAUUAUUUGAUUGGUUGAUAUUCUACAGAACUUCUUUAUAUUGUUUUCAG